AUGACAACGCAAACGGGCCCCGUCAUACCCCCUCGGCCAGCGAGGUCACCUCUUGAAAAGUCCGCAGACAUGCCGAAGAUACCUCCCCGUCCUACCCAGCGCAUUGAUCGCACUGCGUCCCCCAUGGGCUCAAAUUACGCACCCUCUCCUUUAAAUGAGCCUCCAAACGGAUCGACCUUGUCCAAAACUGUUUCCAAUGAUUUGCCCUCUCGCCCACCUAGUGUGGCGAUACCAUCGCUCGGCGAAGAAGGCAUUGAGUACCAGGAUUUGGAUGCCCUGAACGCUUCGGACAGCCAACAUACUGCCCCCGCGGAGACCCGGAAUGUGGCUAGCGAUCUGAAGCUCCAUGCGCCUCGACCUUCUCUUCCCACCUCUAGCGCCAAGGCCAAGGUGCAGGCCGUCACCCGCACGGAUUCCAGCCAGGCUGCAGCUGCAGGGUUUGGAACGAUAGGCUCAGCGGAGCAGGAUGAGCAGUCGGAAAGACCCGUCAGAUCCAUUUACUCUGUCCAAGGUUCGCGAGCGGCCUCCUCGACGACAUCUUUCGAGCGCCCACACUCAAUUCAUGAUGAGGAGCAUGGUAUUCCCGAGAUUGGUCAGCGAGUUCCAAUGUUAGCCAAUGCCGGUGAUGUACAAGCUCCUUCUCCCAGCCCUUACCUGGAGCAGCCAAGUUCGCGGUCUGGACGCGGUCACCACCGAACUCGCAGUGGUCGCGAGGCUUCCCUGCCUCCGGGUAGCUACGGCCUACAUGGACAUGGUGUGCCCUCCAACGACAAGUUCGAGAAGGCCUGGUAUGAGAAGCAUCCAGAUGAAUAUGUCAAGGAGGAACAAGGACAGUACGGAUCCGGCGUGGGUACGCCACGACCCGAUUGGGCUUUGAGUAGCGAUGAUUUGAACAAGAUCGUUCUCGGCUCCGCCAUAACUGGUUCAGGACUAGGGACGUCUCCUGCCAUUACCGGUACACCAGAAGAGGAGGUCGGAUACCUCGCAUCUGAUGAAUACAGCCAUCGCCUUACAUCUCCUCCGCCAGACUCAAAACGUGACUCCCGUCCUGCUAUUGAGUCCCCUCUAAAGAAUGCAAGCGUUCCGGCAGUAGACGCGGGUGAACAGAGUAAGGAAAAGCCUAGCUUUAUCCACAUUGACGAGCCGUAUCACCACCGCGACCACCCUGAUGGUUUCGCUCAUACGCCAGAUCCGGAAGAAAUCGCUAGCCGGGCACAGGGAGAAGAUGAUGAAGAGCCGAUUCUAGCUGCUGAUGAAGUGCGCCCUGAAUCUGCUUAUCUGCACGCUGCAGUGUCCCCUACUUUCAGCCGGAGGGAAAGCCAUGAUUACGAAGGCCGGAGUCGGACUCCUAGCGUCAACGAGAGUCGCUCGAAUAGCAGAAAUGCCACCCGUCGUGGCAGUACUCCUGCUCUAGCCAGGUACAACUCUCAUGAAGAUCACGCGCCCCUCGAAGAUGUCGAGGAGUACGAGCCGCUAUUCCCCGAAAAUGAGUCGAAAGAGAACAACCCCAUGUCCGCAGCGGAACGCUUCAAGAAGCGCCCAGACAUGCUUAAGCACCGAUUCCCAAGUGAAGAUAUUUGGGAAGACUCGCCCAACAGUCACCAGCUUCUUACCACCGUAUCCACACCGGAUAUUCCCAAGGAAAGCCGCUUCGAGCUCCCGGAGCAAGAGGAGGCGCGUAAAAGUCGUGAACCCAGUAUCGACAGCCACCAGGUUGCGCAGCGUAUCUUGAAUGGAGAAGAGCCGACGGCCUCCCGCCCGGGUCUCGCAAAACAGAGGUUCCCUAGUCGGGAUAUUUGGGAGGAUGCUCCGGAGAGUCAAACGCUUGUGACUACGAUAGAGCCUUCAGAAGAGAAGCAGGCCACGAGCCCGGAUGUGCCAUCCAAACCAACCAUCCCAGCCCGCCCUGAGAAGAAACAGCCUCCUCAAGUGGAUGCCUCGACGAAACCGACCUCUCCUGUGGAGAAGCGACAGCCACCCGUUAUCCCUGACAGACCCAAGCCUCAGAUUCCUGCACGACCAGCAAACCGCUUCUCGCGAUCGAAUGGUGAAGAGGCACAGGACGCGUCCGUCAAAUCAAAACCAGCUGUCCCGGCUCGCCCAAUGGGAGGCAAAAUCGCUUCUAUCAAGGCGGGCUUCCUCUCCGACCUGAACUCCCGUCUGCAACUUGGCCCGCAAGCACCUCCAAAACCUCAACCAAAGCAAGAAACCCCCGCUGAAAAGGGUCCGUUAAGUGACGCUCGAAAGGGCCGAGCUCGUGGACCCGCACGGAGAAAGCCUGCUGUCGAGAGCACCAGCCCCAGACUGCCGACCAUCCCCGAGAUCAAGAUCACAGAGACAUGGAACGUUUGGGAAGUUCGUGAGGACGGCAAGCUAGUUGUCGGUGACGGUAACAAGGGCGAGCAGUCUAGCACAACCUCGACCUCAUCAGAUCCCUCGGGUUGGAACACCCCGAUGGCACCGCCCUUGGCUCGAAACAUGUCAGGUGGUGCAGUCGAUCCCCCAAGACAGCCCGUGAAAGAACAAGUUCCCGAGUCAACGCCUACAAAUACAAUUCCCGAGUCAGAACCAGAGCCCGCGGAGGCGGAACCUACCAAGGAAGAAGAACUAUCAUCUACCAUACCAGGUGGCUUUGACUCCUCGGAGGAAAAGGUCGCGAUACCCUCCGCCGUCUCAGAUGACAAGGUCGAAACUGUUCCUGAAUCGUCAGAAAAGCCAGUGGAUAUUCCCUCCGCUGUCUCAGGCGACAAGGUCGAGGCCGUCUCUGAGUCUCUAGCUGUCGCCGCCGAUGGCAAGAGACCUUCCGACGGCGACGACGCUCUUUCGGCAUGA